AUGGCCUUCCCACGUCUACAGAAGUUGGUCGACAAUGCAGCUGCACAGCUCGACGAAGAGCUGCUAGCUGGACUGCCGUUCACGGUCAAACCUCCAUCUCCAAGGCGACUUCUGAAGCUGAUCGUGGAUCACGCUACCGAUCUGAACAGUGUGCCCGAUAUAUUCCGGGGUACGAGACCCCAAUGCGGCGUCCCAGUCAGGCUCGACACCUUUGAGCUGAUCGAGCUGAUCCGCGACAUGAAUGAAGAACAGCUUUCCUUCUUCUUGGAAACGGAUGAGCGAGCUGCGCCUCUGGUCACGAAGCUCCUCGACAUCAAGGACAAGGAUCAGGCCGAGUUCGCGAGCUUACAGCGAACACAUGCCGCAUUUCUCAAGCGGUAUCAGGAAGCUCAAGCUGAGUUUUUGUUCGAGCUCCACGAGACAGUUCUUCAGCUUGAGAAGAACCGAGCUCUGCAUCCCCAGGUCGAGCAGCUAACUCUUGAGCUGGAGUUGGAGAGGGAGGCAAAGCUUAGAUUCAAGGAAGCUGCCGAGGGGCAUGUGGAGCUUUCGGCAAGUCGACGUGCUGCGCUUAGUAGCGCGUGUGCGCAAGAGAGAAUGCGCGGCGAGCUCCAGGCCAAGCUUGGCCUUUCGAUCGAGGCUGCCGCCAUCUCCCAGGCUGCGCAAGAAGUCGCUGCAGGUCACCGACGACCUUACUUCUGGCAGGGCUUCCUCCGCGGAGCCAACUUUCCACGAAGCUGUGGUCCUGCUCUCCUCCCCCCUUCGGAAGACAUCAAGCUUAAACUACGGGAGCGAGCUGCUCAGCUUUGGGAGCUUGUGCGCAAGACCGACGGCAAAGCUGCGAACUUGCCAGGUCGCUUCAAGGACAACAACAAGGCGGGAAUGCCAUAUCGGCUAGCUGCACCUGCCGAGCUCAAGACAGAGCAUCCUUCCAAGGUGUACUUCGACCACUUCUGGUCUCACGCUGUAAGUUUCUCCCCUACAUAA